AUGCGGGGCGCCGCGCUGCCGCUGCUGCUGCUGCUGAGCGCCGCGCUGCUGCUGGCGGGCGGCGGGCGGCGCCUGGCCCGCCGCCUCCUCUUCCUCCUGCCGCGGCGGGCCCGCCGCGCCCUGCCCGCUGAAGGGAAGGCGGUGCUAAUAACGGGCUGUGACAAAGGUUUUGGACAUGCCUUGGCAAAACAGCUUCACGCGAAGGGAUUUACUGUUUUUGCUGGAUGCUUGCUUAUGGAUGAGAAUGGAGACGGAGCCAGGGAGCUGAAGAACAUGAAGUCAGAUCGCAUGAAAGUGCUACAGAUGGAUGUGUGCAAUGACCAGGAGGUGGCUCAGGCCGUGGAUUUUGUGAAGAGGACCCUGAAGGAGCCAGAGGAAGGUCUGUGGGGCCUGGUGAACAACGCUGGUGUCUCGACCUUUGGAGAGGUGGAAUUUGCAAGUUUGGACAACUACAAGAAGGUGGCAGAGAUCAACCUGUGGGGCACCGUGAGGGUGACGAAGGCUUUCCUGCCCCUCAUUCGCAGAGCUAAAGGCCGUGUGGUGAAUAUUACAAGCAUGUUGGGACGGAUGGUGAGUCCGUCUCGCUCCUGCUAUUGCAUUUCCAAGUUUGGGGUGGCAGCCUUCUCCGACUGCCUCCGGCAGGAGAUGUACCGCUGGGGCGUCAGGGUCAUCCUCAUUGAGCCCAGUAACUUUGUGGCAGCAACAGGCAUCCUGACAGCAGCCGGCAUCGACAAACAGGCUGAGGCACUGUGGAGUGGAGCCAGCGACACUGUGCGGGAGGACUAUGGGAGGGAGUAUUUCACUCGCCACGUGGCCCUGAUGAAGUCCUUCAUUAACAGUGGCCUGAAGGACAUGUCUCUGGUCUUGAAUGACAUCACCGAUGCGCUGACCUCCCCGUGCCCAAACAACCGUUACAAUCCCAUGGAGACCUACUGGUGGGUGAGGCUGCAAGUCAUGACUCACCUGCCCACUGCCAUUGCCGACUGGCUUUACGUCGCCGGAGCCUCCCUGUAAAUGGCCGCCCUUCAGGCACCCUUCCAGCGCUCGUACGUACGCACAGGUUAGAGCUGACUGUCAGGGCUGUUCUGCACCCGUUGCUGAUGCAUCUCCCCAGUAGGUGCAUGUGCUUUCACUUUGGGUUGUGCCUUCAAGUCUUGUGUUGUGGGAUGCUGAGAACAGCAUGGCUUUUUGGGUUUCUUUUUUUGUUUGUUUGUUUGUUUUUCAAUAAUUCUUGCUCUUUGUAUUCCCUGCUGUCCUGAUUUAAGUUGAAAGGUGUCCUCCUUUUACCUAUGGAUGAAGGAGGCACAGGAAGGUUAACAUAAUGGGUCAAAUAUGUGGCUAGUGUAAUUAGGUCAGCAGAGCUUGCCCAGUGAUAAAUUUGGCUCAUUAAUGGGCUCUUGCUCUUCCUUACUAGGGCGGGCUGCUAAUAGCAGAGCAAAGCUGUUGCUAUGAGAUGUCUCAAAGGGAGAAACUAAAAUGGGAAACAAAAGCAGGGGUUUCCAUUUGAUUGAAAAUGGGUCAGUCACAGCCUUCCAUUGUUUUCAUGAUACUGCUAGGAAGCUCUGCUGUGCUGUGACUGUCUGAUCUUUCCAGGAAAAUAGCAACGCUGCCUCUAAACAGCCUCAUUAUCUAGCUUGGGGGGUCAGAUUCCUGCAAAGAAGGGUUCUUCCCUCCCAGCACUGUGGCCAGGAGGUGCCAAAGCUAGCAACUGUGGACAGGCUGGGCAGGGAAAAGCCCUACUAAUAAUGCGUGAGGUCUGAGCCAUCCCUCAGGCAGUCCCUCUCUCCACCCACUGCUGAUGAGCUUUGUGGGACAGGGUUGAAUCUGAUGUGACAAACAAAUUUGACUCCUCUGACUGCUAGUUUAUCAGUGCCUGAACAACUCAACUGUUGUACAAACACUGCCCAGCUGUCCCCCCUGCUUCCCUCAUGUCACUGCCCUGUGCUAGGCUCCCUCUUGCUGGUGCAGGAGCUGCUCUUACUUUCCCAAAUCAGUUUUUUUGUUUCAUCCUCUCUGCAUCUGAACAGUGAUGGGGCACUGUGCAGCUAGUGUGGCCCAACUAUUAGCUCUGGAAGGGUGCUUUAAGUGACACAUUUAUAUUUUUUUUAGUGUUGCACAAUGAAAUUCCUAUGUCACACAUGAUUGUCUCCUCAGAGAAAGUCCUGAUAAUGGAUAUGAGCUACUUUUGCACAGUGUCCCCAAAGGUCUCUUCUGUUGGCCAUAUACUGGGAUUUCAAGCAUUUUUCCAAGAGCUGGGGCUGCCUGGAUGCCUGCCCCAUUCCCUCUGUCCCAGUGGUGGUCACUAGCGGCGCAGACAGCUGGCUGUGGGCGCUGCUGGCCAGGCUGAGACCCUGCCCUCUUACUCUAGGGACCAGCUUUCCCUUCCACUGCUGAACUUCCUUGUAUUUUGUCCUAUGUAAGAUUAAGUGGCUAUGAAAAGACCUUAUCAUUUGCUGUUUCUUCAUCUGUCUGUGCUAGCUCUGGCUGGGAAACUAUGCCAUAAACUUUUUAUAUGCCAUUGUCUGAAAAUGCUUGGAGUCUGCAUGCAGCCAUGAAUACUGUGAUGCCUGAGGACGAAAGCAGGCUUCCCUUGGAGAUGCUGUGGAGGUAGCUUGUAUUACAAGUAACAACUACUGUAAAUGCUGGCUGUCCAGUUCUUUUCUAUUCCAGAUCACCGGCACGUGGAGAUUGCCUGGGAUCCAGGACCCAGAACAAUCCCACUGAACUGCAGCUUAAGCAGUGUUGUAAUCACUUCUUCCCCCCCUGCACUGUGAAAUGUGAGUAAUGUUAUGAAGCACUGAUUUGCACAGAGAGAAGAAUAAACUGUGAGAAUCAUAAAGCA